CCUCGCGCAGAGUCCCGGCUCCUCCGCGGCCCGGCGGGCCCGGGUUCCGCGCCGACAUGCGCUCCCUGUUCGGCCUCCUCCUGAUCUUCGCUGGCUGCACCUUCGCCCUGUACCUGCUCUCAACCCAGCUUCCCCGCGUGCCGACCCUGGCCUCGGAUGGAGAGACUGGAGACAGGUCCCUGCGGUUCCCCUCAGAUCUGGCAGAGCUUCGGGAGCUUUCCGAAGUCCUUCGAGAAUAUCGGAAGGAGCACCAGAGCUACGUAUUCCUGCUCUUCUGCAGUGCCUACCUCUACAAACAGGGCUUUGCUAUCCCGGGGUCCAGCUUCCUGAAUGUUUUAGCUGGUGCUUUGUUUGGGCCGUGGCUGGGCCUUCUGCUGUGCUGUGUGUUGACCUCCGUGGGCGCCACGUGCUGCUACCUGCUCUCCAGUAUUUUUGGCAAGGAUUUGGUGGUCUUGUACUUUCCUGAUAAAGUGACCAUGCUGCAGAAGAAGGUGGAGGAGAACAGGAACAGCUUGUUUUUUUUCUUACUCUUUUUGAGACUUUUCCCCAUGACGCCAAACUGGUUCUUGAACCUCUCAGCCCCUAUUCUGAACAUCCCCCUGAUGCAGUUCUUCUUCUCUGUUCUUAUCGGUUUGAUCCCAUAUAAUUUCAUCUGUGUGCAGACGGGCUCCAUCCUGUCAACUCUGACCUCUCUGGAUGCUCUUUUCUCUUGGGAAACGAUCUUUAAGCUGUUGGCCAUUGCCAUGAUGGCCUUAGUUCCUGCAGCCCUCAUGAAGGUUAGCCAGAAAGACCUGCAUUUGAAUGAAACAAGUAACACCAGUCAUCUAAAUGGUAGAAAGGACACAUGAUGUGAAUUUGUUGGUUGCUGUGUUUCUGGACCCUGUUGCUUAUUUGUAUAAUGGGUGUGGUCCUCUAAAGCCCCUCAUUUGUUGUUUAACUACCCUCAGCAGGUGAUUUGGGUACUGUUUAUCGUGUACACUGUUUUGUCAUAAAGGACAAAUCUGUGCUCUGGAUAGUGAAUUAUAUCAGGUUCCACACUAGCCCUGGUUUAGCAAGAUAUGCUACAAAAUGGGCCUCCUAGCAAAUCCUGAUCAUAGUUUAUUGAGGGACAAGAGACUCAGGAUAGUCCACUGUAUUCAUCUGUUGCCAAACGUGGAGGUGGCUGGGGAAAGGAUGCUGAUUGUCCUUGUCCAGAGAACCUCCUUUGCAAAGUGAUAGGCUAUUGUGACAAGUGUUCUAGUAAGUCCCUAGUGGAUGUUUCUAGUAAAAAUGGCAUGUGAGCCCACAUCACUGGCAUCGCUCUCUCUCUUUAGUCUCUUGAAAAGUAUUUCUUCUGUACUUCUUUUGCUGAUGACCUACCUCUUCCAUAAACCAAGGGAAACAAGCUGACACGCUACAUAGAACUUCAUGUUCAGUUCAAAUGCACUAUGAUUUCUGUGAUGCACUUUGUGUUGAGAUACUGAUGUUAGCAUAUUUGUCUCCUGACAAUUAAGCUGAUUGCAAACAGACUAUUAAAUAUGAAUGGAGCAAAUGGGUAUGUUCUGGGGAAGUUUUUUACCCAUGUGGAUAGGACAGGGCCCUGACUCACUUGAACCAAAGGACCAUCAGUACAUUUUCUAAUCUGACCUUUCCCUGUGGGAACCUCUUCUCCAUCUCCCUGCUGGGAAAGUGGAUUCAGUACUCUCAGAUAUCAGCAAAUGUACCCUCAGAACAUUUUUCAUUUUGGCAUUUGUUGAGAAUAACUGAGCAAUAAUUCUAUUUAUCUUUUAGUUCAAAGAGGAAAACUGGUUUUGGAUCACUUUAUGAUGUUGUGUUUUAAUUAUCUAUAUCUAUCAUUACUUCCUGCAGUGGCGAUAUUGAGUGGGCACAGAUCUGGGAAAUGUUUUUAAGGACAGAAAGACCUUGGCUCCUAAACUGACCAGGUCUGGGAUCCUGUACCCUGCAGGAGGAACUCAUCAUUUCUUGCCAGCACUGUUGCCCUGGGGCAUCACUUACUGGGUUUUUUUAUUUGACUUGGCCAAGGAGUUUGCCAAGGCUUUGAUCUGGAUGACUUGUUCUGGAAAUUCUUGGGAAUGCUUAUGUUCAGUAGCAAGAAUGAAUUCGCAAGCAGGGAAAUGAUCCAAAAAACACAACGAGAAUUUCAUUUGUAAAGAUGUGUUGCUUUAAGAGAAGCUUGAUUACAUGAGUGGGGGUAAGGGGAUGGCCAACUGGACUUUGCAACCCCUGGCUGUGUGUUCUGGAGUCGGGGGAGGGAGGGGGCCAGAGGAGCUUCUCACACUUGCAAGUGUGUGCCCUGUGCCCUUAUCAGGAGGAAACUGAGAUUUGUCCUUCUCUUCCCCCUUGAUUUUGUAACAAUGUGCCUUAUCAGUUGUGAGUUUACAGGCAAAGCAGUUUCCCAAAUAAAUGGAUAUAAAUGUUCUGUGUGGUGCUUAUUUGUGCAUGUUU